AUGACCAUCUCUUCGGCCAACGCCAAGACAGGAUACGACCAACUCGAGUACCACCCGGGUUUUGGCUCGGCCUUUCGCUCCGAGUCGGUGCCCAACUCACUGCCAAAGUAUGCCCACGUCCCCGAGAAAGUGCCCUACGGCCUGUACACGGAGGGCAUGACAGGAUCUGCGUUCACCGCACCUCGCGCGUCGAACCGCCGCUCGUGGCUGUACCGUAUCCGUCCGUCGGCCGUCCACAACCCGUACGAGGAGUACACGGGCAACAACACGCUCGUCUACAACUUCAACCAGGACAACACUGACGAGGUUACGAGCACGCCGCAGCAGCUCCGCUGGGACCCGCUCAAGGUCAAGGGUGCUGAGAACCUCGACUUUGUCGACUCGAUCCGCACCAUCUGCGGUGCAGGCAACGCGCAGAUGAAGAGUGGCACAGCCGUCCACUGGUAUCAGUUCGGAAAGGAUAUGGACAACAAGGCAUUCUACUCGUCGGAUGGCGACUUUCUUUUCCUCCCAGUCAAGGGCGAACUCCUCAUCCAGACCGAGUAUGGGCGGAUGCACGUCCCUCCAUGCCAUAUUGCCGUCGUGCAGCGCAACAUGAAAUUUACGGUUUCGCGGGUCGGCGACCAUUCGCCCAAUGAGCCCGCGUCGGGAUACAUGUUCGAAGUGUUUAAUAAUCACUUUGUGCUGCCCGACCUCGGACCAAUUGGCGGUAAUGGCCUGGCCAACAUUGAGGACUUUGAGACGCCGACAGCCUGCUACGAGGACACGGACGACCAGUGGACCAUUGUCAACAAGUACGGCGGUAAGCUAUUCCAGUACACUCAGGACCACAGUCCGUACGACGUUGUCUCUUGGCUUGGCAACUACGUGCCAUACCGGUACGACCUGCAAAAGUUCUGCUCGGUCGGCAACAUUUCAUUUGACCACGCCGAUCCUUCACUCCAGUGCGUACUCCAAGUACCCUCCGAAACGCCGGGUACGUCGAUUAUCGACUUUUGCGCCUUCCCACGCCGCUGGAGCGCCGUCAACGACACUUUCCGUCCGCCCUGGUUCCACCGCAACAUUGUCACCGAGUUCAUGGCGGCCGUUGCGGGAUACGCUGCACCUAAAGACGGGUGCAACCUCCACAACCCAGGCACAGCACAUGGCCCCGAUGCUGCAAGUACCGAGAUGGGAUACUCGGGCAAGAUUCCCGAUGGACCGAUCCAAGUCGGCGCAGAGGGCUCGAUGAUCUGCCUCAUCGAGACCUACUUGCCACUCAACCCGACCAAGUGGGCCCUCGAGGAGUCGGGUUGCCUCCAACCAAACUGCAACGACCAGUGGCUCGGCAUCAAGCGCCACCACACCCUCCCCGAGUCGUCGUAUGCCGGUUAG